CUAGUUUUGUGACUAGCUUGACUAGUUGCGUGGCUGUUUAUUCAGUGGUGAAAACACGAGCACCUCACCCUAGAGCCGCCUCUCCUCUGCGGACUCUGAACAUGAUACAGAGGGCGGCGGCGGCGGCGUGCUGCUAGACUUGGGCGGGUUUUUGUUUAUUCGUUUUGUUUUCUUAAGUCCUAGUUUCAAAAAUAGUAGAACGUUUCUGCCUCCGUUUUUUGUUCAACUCAUCAAGUACCAUGGACGACUAACGGAACUUCUUCUGAGGGUUCAUUUGAACACGAAACCGAACUUCCCCGUGCUGUUCUGAGUUGAAGCGAACAAGCCAGACAUCUGAACGGACAGAGACGCGUUCACUGUGGAUGGAAAAGGGCAGGCCGAGCAGCAAGGAGUCGAGCACAUUCGUUCGGCGUGACGUGAGUGCUCGCUAUGAAAACCCGGCGAUGAUCAACUUGUUUGAAAGUUGGCGCACGAAGGAGACCAGUGACCGCAAAGUUAUGCUUUUGAAUUAGAAUUCUCUUCUAUGGCCUCCAAUUCGUGGGGUGUCAUUAGCGACAUGUGUGGAGUAUCAUGCGUGGAGGAGCAGCACGGGGGGUUCGCCUCUGUCUCUAUGGGGGAGAACCAGACCAAGGUCCACCCCCCCGUCAGUGUCGUGCUGGCCACCCUGCUCUACUGCGCGGAGCUCGUGUCCGCGGCGGUGCUGAUCAGCAUGUACCACAAAUCCGGAGACGUCAGCUGGAUGGGCCUCACCAUCUUCUUCAUGCUGUUCCCCGCCGUCCUGACCCAGCUCACGCUGACGUUCGUCCACAGGGACGUGGGCCGGGACCGGCCUCUGGUCCUGCUGCUGCACCUGCUGCUGCUCGGGCCCAUCAUCCGGUGUUUUGAAGCCCUGAUGCUCUACUGUAAAGCUGGGAAAAUGGAAGAUUCUUACGUCACCAUUUCCAAAAGGACCUUCCUGAAGAAGGGCCAGAAGACGGAACGGGAGCUUCACAUCGGCCAGGUGGAACGCAACCUGGCCACCCACAGGAAUGCCUUUGAACGCACCAGCGUCAUCCAGGCGUUCCUGGGCUCCACCCCCCAGCUGACGCUCCAGCUGUACGCCACCAUUCAGGAGAGAUACAUCCUUAAUGGAAGAUUGGCUUUGAUGAUCAUCAGCCUCCUCUCCAUCAUAUACGGCGCUCUGGUGUGCAACGUUCUGGCCAUCAAGAUCCGGUACGACGAGUACAAAGUGCGGCUGCGCCCCGUGGCUUACAUCUGCAUGAUCGUGUGGAGAGGCUUGGAGAUUGCCACCAGGGUGACGGCUCUGGUCCUCUUCAGCACGGCCCUAACUCGCUGGGUGAUCCUCGUCGGCGUGCUUAACUUCCUUUUCUUCUUCUUUCUCCCCUGGGUGAAGCUCUGGUGCAAAAAAAUUGGCCCUACAGGUGACGUGGAGAAAGACUUCUCCAAGCUGGGCACCACCAUCGUGCUGUGCUUGUUCACGCUGCUCUUCGCCUGCAUCAACGUCUUCUGCUGGUCGGCAGUGCAGCUGGACCUCGCCCACAAUGACCUCAUUGAGAAGAGGCAGAACUGGUUUCAGCUGGCCAUGUACUACUCAGGACGCUUUGUGGAGAACUUGCUCCUCAUCACGCUGUGGUACUUCUUCAAAUCGGACUUCUACGAGUACGUCUGUGCUCCGCUGCUGGCCGUCCAGCUGCUGAUCUGCUACAGCCUGGCCGUGCUCUUCAUGCUGCUCUUCUACGAGUUCUGCCACCCCUUCAGGAGCCUCUUCCAGCACAACGUCCAUAACUGCCUUCAGUGCAUCUGCUGCAGGAAGAAGAGUGCAAGAAGGCAGGAGGCCAACUCGCCUUCAUACUCCAGAGCCGCCACGUUAGUGCGGGCAUCAAGGGAACAUCUGGAGCUGCUGAGGCCCUAUCAUCCCGAGGACUCUGCUCUGCAGGGGGAGCGGAUAACGGCUUUCGAUGAAGACAUGAUGGAGGCAGCCUGAGCUCAAAGACAAUGACCCUGUAGAAACACAAACUGCUGCUGUUUCUCCUCAGAAGGGCAUCCAGCAUUUUUCUCUGCAGUGCACGCUCACCUACUGACUUCUCAAAUGUUUCUACUGGAGAUUGUACUUUUGAGAGUCAAUGCAGACACUAAGAGGGCACCACAAGGGCCCCCGCCUACCCAAAAAUGUAGCAUGUGAGAGUAUGCAGCCGUGUACAAAGAGUGUACUUCACAGAGCAGAGCUGAGCCAGGUGUGUGGGACAUGUGCCAAGUGUGUGUGAGGCCAAACUCUGAGCAGGUCGCCCUCACUUUACUUCCUCUCAGGGUCUCCCGUCUCAUGUGUUUGCAUAUAGGAUAAACUACUAAACAAAAACUGAAAAGUGUUUCCCAAAAUGCCUUAUGUUGCAUGGUUGCCUUAAAUAAGCAGUAGAUUUAAUGUGAAAGAACAAACAAAUGGACUGUUGGGAGGGGUUUACGUUAAAGUGGGAUGUUGGAGAUAUCCGUCUGCUUUAAUUAAAGCCACUUUAACACUGAAAAUACUACAAAACACAGAGCAAGCUUCUUCACAGAAGCAUUUUCCAAGUUGUUUUACAGUGCCUUGACUACUAUUGUACUACUUGAACCUUUAAUAAAUUGUUCUAAAAAGAAA